CCUCCAAAUUCCAUCCAACGGCUCGCCGUCUUCCCCAACCAAAUAUUCCCAAUGGAUUCCCAAAUCCCAACUGGCAUCCUCACCUUUAUAACAACGGUAAUAAAUAAAUACGACCGAUUCGCCAGCUACACCCAUACUUGCAUUGCUUUUCCUCCUCGUCGGGAUCGGAUCCAUCCGCCGGAGCGAUCGAAUCCCCUGGGAAACUUCCUUUCCCAGAGGAUUCUUGUUCGUCGCUUUCAAUAAGUUGCAGCAGGGCGGGAUCAGAGUUGGUUCGUCGAGAUGGAGACGGCGAAGAAGGUGGAGUCUCCGAAGCCUUCUUUGAAUAAUGUGAUUGAGAAAGUUGGGGCGUACGGAUUCGGGGGUGGGAGCAGCCACAAGAGGUGCAAAUACGCCAUUGAAGAUGAGGAAGAAGAUGGGAACAUGGAGAUGGUGCAGAUUGGUGCACAGAGGACGAAGACAGUCUUGAUAUUGAUGAGCGAUACCGGCGGCGGCCACCGUGCGUCUGCCGAGGCUAUCCGCGACGCUUUCCGCAUUGAAUUCGGUGAUCAAUAUAGGAUUUUGUUUAAGGAUGUAUGGAAGGAGUACACGGGAUGGCCGUUGAACGAUAUGGAAGGACAAUACAAGUUCAUGGUGAAGCACGUCCAGCUUUGGCGAUUUGCGUUUCACGGCACUUCUCCUCGGUGGAUACACUCGCUCUAUUUUGCUGCCAUUGCCGCCUUCUACGCCAAGGAGGUCGAGGCGGGUCUCAUGGAGUACAAACCCGACAUCAUCAUCAGCGUCCAUCCCCUCAUGCAGCAUAUUCCUCUGUGGGUGCUGAAAUGGCAAGGGCUCGAGAAGAAAGUCGUGUUUGUCACUGUCAUUACGGACCUCAACACUUGUCACCCGACGUGGUUUCAUCCAUCUGUAAACCGGCUGUACUGCCCCUCACAAGAGGUAGCGAAGAGGGCUUUGCAAGACGGCCUUGAAGAAUCUCAAAUUCGUGUUUUUGGCUUGCCUAUCCGACCUUCCUUUUGCCGAGCAGUUCUUAACAAGGCAUCGUUAAGGGCUGAAUUCGAGAUGGAUCCGGAAUUGCCGGCCGUGCUGCUAAUGGGAGGCGGAGAGGGAAUGGGCCCUGUGGAGGAAACCGCAAAGGCGCUCGGAGAGUCAUUGUACAACAAAGAGCUCGAUAAGCCAAUAGGACAACUUGUCGUCAUCUGUGGUCGUAAUAAAAAGUUAGCUGCGAAAUUAGAAUCCCGGGACUGGAAAAUCCCCCUCAAGAUAAGAGGAUUCGAGAAGCAAAUGGAGAAAUGGAUGGGAGCCUGCGAUUGCAUCAUUACAAAAGCUGGACCGGGGACAAUCGCCGAGGCAUUGAUACGGGGCCUCCCGAUCAUCCUCAACGACUACAUCCCGGGGCAAGAAAAAGGGAACGUGCCGUACGUGAUCGACAACGGGGCCGGCGUGUUCACCCGGAGUCCCAAGGAGACAGCUUCGAUCGUAGCCAGUUGGUUCAACAUCGACACCGACGAACGCAAGAGGAUGUCUGAAAAUGCCCGGAAGCUCUCGCAGCCGGAAGCUGUGUUCGACAUUGUCAGAGACAUUCACGAGCUGUCGCGCCAGCGCGGAUUUUUGCCCAACAUUCCUUACAUGAUGACUUCGUCGUUCGCCAGCUUGAUAUGAUUGUCCCAAUUUCCGGCCAGACUUUGUCGAGCUCGUUAGCUUGAUCUGAUUGAGACGUUGAGUUUCUCGCCCUACGGCGAGACUCGGACAGUCUCUGCCUCCGGUCGUGACAACGUAGUCCUUUUAAGGCAGGCCAGCAUUCUUAAGGACAGUGUAAGUUUGGAAAUAUUUUUUGUUUUUUCGUUUUUUUUUUUUUUUUUUAAAUUUGUGAUCUUUAAAAUAUCCAAGAUGAAAGAUAAGGGAUAUGGAAGUAUUUUAUUUUUUAUUUUUAUUUUUUAUUCUGUUGGUUUGUUUAGAGGUUAGGUUUUUAGAAGAAGCAGCAGCAGCAGCAAUGGCUUAUUUGUUUGUAGUCUGAAUUUGGUUUUGAUCUCUUUGUGAAACUGUUCACGUUGUACAGUGAAUUCAUUCUCUAAUGGGAUUAUAUUUUAUU